AUGAGUGCUUUGGAUCUUAUUCUGUGUACAAUUUGUGCUUUACUCAUAUGGCUUCUUUGGCAAAAACUGGAAAAAGUGAAAUCAGAGGAAAAAAGAAGAAAUCUUAGGAAGAGUAAAAGUCAGAGAAAGGUGAAAGUAAGCAAGAAAGAUGAUAUAAAGGAAAGAAUUGUCAUUGAAGAGAAAGAAAUUAAUUUCAAAAAGACACCGUCGUCCUCUGCUCCUGCACCGCCAAUACCACCUCCUGCACCGCCAGUACUACCUCCUGCACCGCCAAUACCACCUCCUGCACCUCAGCCUUCACCAGUUUCAUCAACAAAAACAGCUAUUCCAACAGUAUCAACUGCAUCUCCGGUUGAAGUUAAAUUACCGUCACCUGUACCUCCAAUACCACCUCCUGCACCUCAGUCUUCACCACUUUUAUCAGCAAAAACAGCUACACCGACAAUAUCAGCUGUAUCUCCGGUUGAAGUUCAGGAAGGCAAGAAAAAUUUUAACAAACCAAAUGAAACUGGAUUGGAAUGGGGUCCAUUUGAUAAACAAGUGUUGCCACAGCAAAAGCCAUGGGUAUUUGAGGGCGAAGCAUAUUAUCCACCAAAUUUCUUCACAGCAGCUCAUCACUCAAAAGAAUGA